GUGUGCUGGAGUGCGCCGGGCGCGGGGUGCGCCGCGGGUACCCCCGAGGGGGCGAGCAGCGGGGGGGAGACAUGUGCCGGAGAGCUGCGCGGGGUCCUGCCGGUUGGACGGGGAAGGGCUGCACCUGCGGCGCGGGGCUCCCCAAAGACAAAGCGGUGCCUCCCGAGCGUGGAAUCGCUAAGGCUGGAGAAGACCUCUAAGGUCGUCAGUUCCAGCGAUCACCCCUACGUCACCAUGCCCACCUUCGGGGAUGGCGACUCCCCCGCCUCUCUGGGCAGCCCAUUCCAAUCUCUAACCAUUCUGUCAGUAAAGAAAUGCUUCCUAAUAUCCAAUCUAAACCUGCCCUGGCAGAACUUGAGACCAUUUCCUCUCCUCCUACCGCUAGUGAGACCAGUCCCCGCCUCACCUCAGCCUCCGUUGUAAAGCACAACGAGGUCUGCCCUCCGCCUCCCCGAGACUCAAUCCCCGUUCCCUCAGCUGCUUCUCAUAGGAAAUGUUCUCCAGACUCCUGGGCUUUGUUGCCCUUCUCUGGACACGCUCCAGCAGCUCAAUGUCCUUGUAGUGAGAGGCCCAAAACUGAAGAGUGUUAGAGGUGCAGUCUCACCAGUGCCAGUUAUAGAUGCACCAUCAACUCCCUGCUCCUGCUGGCCAAACUAUUUCUGAUACAAGCUGGGAUGCUGUUGGCCUUCUUGGCCACCUGAGCACGCUGCUGGCUCAUGUUCAUACACCUGUCAACCAACAUCCCCAAGUCCUUUUCUGCUGGCAGCUUUCCAGCCGUCCAUCCUCAAACCUGCACGGGGUUGUUGUGACCCCAGUACAGGACCUCGCACUUGGCCUUGUUGAACCUCAUGUAAUUAACCUCAGCCCAUCGAUCCAACCUGUUCAGACCCUUUAGCAGAGCCUUCCUGCCUUCAUGCAGGUCAACACACUUGCCCAAUUCAUGUCGUCAGCAAAGUCACUGAGUGGGCACUCAGUGGCCUCCUCCAGAUCAUUAAUAAACACAUUAAACAAGAUUGCUCCCAAAACUGAGCCUCGGGGAGCAGCACUUGUGACCAGCCUCCAGUGGGAUUUGAUUUAAUUCCAACUCCCUGACCUCUGGCAGCUGUUUAAACCAUGAGCCAACAGCUUCUCUAGGACCAUGCCGUGGGAGACAGUAUCAAAGGCUUUGCUAAAGUCCAGGUAGACAACAUCCACAGCCUUCCUCUCAUCCACUCGGCAGCUCAGCUGGUCGUUGAAGGCAGGGGGUACUCCAGCUGCAUGGAGAUCCUCAGAGGUGUGGAGGGGUACCCCAAGGAUAUAGGGAAGCAUGGAGGUCUCCCAGAGCAUGUGCAAGAAUUGGGUGCUCCAGGGAUAUUAAAGUCUACAUAAGAGGACAAUUUACAGGGUGUCCUGUAAAUGGAAUGAUUCUGGAGUUAGGGGACACCAAAAGUGUGGAGUGCCCCCAAGAAGUGGGGAUGCACUAGGGGGACUGUGAGGGUGCCCUGGAGCUGAGACCAGGGUUGCCCAAAACCUUGGAGGUGUCUCCAGAGGCGUGUCCUUGGUCUGUGAUGACACCACAAGGGUACGAUGGUGGCCUACAACUGUAUGGGUGCUCCCAGGGAAGAGACAUGCCCCCAGGAGUGUGAGGUACCCCUAAGACUGACAAUCACCCUGACACUGUGGGGAUGGGAGUGCUUCAAAAUCUCAGUGCCAGUCUCUGCCCAGUCGGUAGGCGUGGAAACUUAGCCCACUGGUCUGCCCACCAAGCUCUGCACUCAGGGAGGCUUUGAAUGGGAGCCUCACAGCCACUGGGGGCCAGAGGACAAAGUGGAGACCCCCUGGCUGGAGUCUCUGGGGUGCACCUUGGUAGGGAGGAGUGACGCACCCCUGGGUGCACCCCUGUGCCACAUGCUGCCAGGUGGCCUGGGACACCCUGGGACAGGAGGGUGGCAGGGGUCUGUGGGCUGUCACUUCCCUUUCAUGCUGGGAGAUUUUGCAACCUUGCUUCCUCCCCCGGGCGGCAUAAAGCGAGUGGUGGACGGAAGCAGCUCUGAGAGGCAGCAAGGCAGCGAGUGCAGCAAUGAGCCACGAGGGCACUUCCCUGUGACAUGUCCUUCCUUCCUCCCCUGGAAACCCACGGGGCCACCACCCAGUUGCUGCCAGCUCUGCCAGAGUCAGGAGGAAGAAUGGAUGCUGCUUGCUUCCCAGCUGGGCUGGCUGCAGGAGUCCAAAUGGAGUCCUUCUCCUUCAACGGGGAUUUAUCCAACAUCUUUGCUCUCUACAACUACACCUAUGACUACAGCACAGCCAUGCCCGACACAGCCAUCUCCUCCGCUCCCUGCCGGCCCGACAGCUCCGUCCUCAACAAGUAUCUGGUGGUAGUGAUCUACUGCCUCGUCUUCAUCCUCAGCGUGCUGGGGAACGGACUGGUGGUGCUGGUGGUGACUUCCAGCCACACCAACCGCUCCGUCACUGACGUCUACCUGCUCAAUCUGGCUGUGGCGGAUCUGCUCUUUGCCUUCAGCCUGCCACUCUGGGCUGCCUACCGAGCCCACGAGUGGGUCUUUGGCACUGUGAUGUGCAAAGCCAUCUCUGUGCUGCAGGAGGCCAACUUCUAUAGUGGCAUUCUGCUCCUGGCCUGCAUCAGUGUGGACCGCUACCUGGCCAUUGUCUAUGCCACCAGGGCUGCCACUGAGAAGAGGCACUGGGUGAAGUUUGUCUGCUUGGCCAUCUGGGUCUUCUCCAUGCUGCUGUCCCUGCCCGUGCUGCUCUUCCGCGAGGCUUUCAGCUCCCCCAGCAACGGCACCGUGUGCUACGAGCGCAUCGGCGAGGAGGACACGGCCAAGUGGCGAGUGGUGCUGCGGGUCCUGCCGCAGACCUUCGGCUUCCUCCUGCCCCUCCUCGUCAUGCUCUUCUGCUACGGCGUCACCAUCCACACCCUCUUGCAGACCAAGAACGCCCAGAAGCAGCGGGCCAUGAAGGUCAUCUUUGCUGUGGUGCUUGUCUUCCUGGUGUGCUGGCUGCCCUACAACAUCACGUUGGUGAGCGACACCCUCAUGAGGACACGGGCCAUCGCUGAGACCUGCGAGAGGAGGAGCCGCAUUGACACAGCCCUCUCUGUCACACAGGUUCUGGGCUUCGCCCACAGCUGCAUCAACCCCAUCAUCUAUGCCUUCAUUGGGCAGAAGUUCCGCAACAGCUUUCUCAAGAUCCUGGCACAGCGUGGCAUCAUCAGCAAGGAUGCCGUGGCCCGCUAUGGCCGUGCCUCCUAUGCCUCCACCUCUGGCAACACCUCCACCACCCUCUGAACCCUACCAGGACCUGAUUUUUGCAGCUUCUCUCAGGUCCUAACACCCCACACACCCCUGCAUCCUUGCCCACACCCUGGAAGGCAGGUAACGAUGCCACAGGGCUGAAGGUGUCACCAGUGGAUGCUGAACAUGGCUGGAAGGGAGACUGGGUAGAGGGAGGUUUGGAUACCAUUGCUAAGGGAGUGAUACCAAGUACCAGCCACCAUCUUCACUCUUGUGGGUACAGCCUGUGACUCUGGAGACCCUGCUGUGGGGAUGGAGUUCAUGGCCAGUGGCCAUUCAGCAAUAA